AUGACUCUUCGAAAAUUCAAAAAUAGUUUAGGGAUAAUCCAAAAUACAAUAAAAUGUAGACAUACAAAAAGGUAUGCAUUAUUUUGGGGUCAUAAUAUUUGCUCUAAUAAUAUAGACAAAAAUAAUUUAAAAAUCAAAGUCACAGAAACAAAAAAUGAAAUAAACUUGUUAAAAAUGUUAACAGAUCAAGAUGUAACACAAAAUAGUGUAACACAAAAUAGUGUAACACAAAAUAGCGUAACAUCAAAUACCAUUGGAAGUUUUCAAAUUGUUAAGAAAAAUAAUAAUUUCGAAUUUUCUCGAAUUUUGUAUAAACCUGAUAAUUAUGAAAAAUUAAAAGAAUUUAUAAAAGUUAUAGAAAAAAAUGAAAAAAUAAUAAAUGAUUAUGAUAUUUAUUAUCAUGAAGAAAAUCUUAAUAAUAUAAAACUAAAUAGAAAUCAAGAAAAAAAUGAAAUAUUUAUAAAUAUAGAAGAUAUAUUAAAAGAUAAAAAAAUAGCUAGUUAUGAAAAAAAAAAUUAUCUUGAAAAAAAAAAAAUAAAUAAUCUUUAUUAUUAUAAUAUACAAAGAUAUAAAGAAAAUUCUGAUCCGUCUUCUUUUUUAAUUGAUAAAAGACGAUUAACAAAAAGUGAAUAUAGAUAUCAAUAUAUAUCAGCAAUCUUACCAUAUAUAUGUUUUGCUUUUAUGUUAUUUUUUCCACAUUUUUUAAUAUGUUUAUAUAUACCAUAUAUAAAAGAAAAAAAUAAAAAACACCGGGAAAUAUGUAAAAUGAUUCAAAUAAAACAAAAUAUACAUUUAUAUAAAGAUAUAAAAACUGAUCAAAUUACAAAUAUAUUAGAUAAUAAUAUUAAAACGAUUAUUUUAUUUUAUAAUAGUAAAUUAUUUUUAAAUAAAUAUAUUAAAUCAUUAAUGAUAGAUUUAUCCAAAAUCUUUAAAAAUUAUUCUAUACCUAUUAAUAUUGUAGGUAUAGAUACAUCUAUACAAAACAUUCCAUAUAAUGUUAUAAAAGAUAUUAAUAAUAAUCAUUUCCCAUUAAUUUAUUUUAUUCUACCAUAUCAUUAUGACAAUGAUAGUGCUGUUCUUAAAAUAGAAAAUCCGUUUUCUCUUGAACAUGUUAUUUUUCAAAUAAAGAAUUUUGUUUACAUUCCCGAAGCGGUUGUGCGCCAAGUAAAGGAACUAACUAUUAAGAGCAAACUUCUCAAGAGGUGCAUAUUUGACCAUGAAAUAGUUGGAAAUAAAAAAGAAGACAUCUUAUAUGAAUAUGGAACUGAGUUGGCUCAUUUAUCUUGCCUUCAAUAUAACAACAAACUGAUACUUUGA